UGUUUUUGGUCGAACGCAAAAGGAAAAGAAAAAUAAAAACUCAAAAGACGACAAAAAUUGCGUCAGAAAAAGAGAGCAGAUAGCACGAAUGAAAUGAAAAAUGUUGUGCAGUCGCAGCUUCCCCAUUCCUCCGAUUAACAAAGUCACCACCGUCAUCACCCAACACAACAUACACAAUCACAAACGCCUCGACAUUCUCAGACGGUUUCAGUCUCAUCAGACUCGCACAAUGGAAGUGGAGGCCAACACCAACAGCUCCCAUACGAGGGCGGGGGGGUUGGACUUCCUGACAAAGAAGCCCUACACUCCUCCUUCCUGGGCAUCCCAUAUCAACCCCAUCCCUUCUCAUAUCUUCUCUCUCGGACACCUUCCAACUCCAAUUCACAAAUGGAAUCUUCCUAAUUUGCCCACCAAUACUGAAGUCUGGUUGAAGCGUGAUGAUCUUUCGGGAAUGCAACUGAGUGGUAACAAAGUCAGAAAAUUGGAAUUCUUGAUGGCGGACGCCGUAGCAAAGGGUGCUGACUGUAUCAUAACGAUAGGGGGCAUCCAAAGUAACCACUGUCGUGCAACUGCAGUGGCUGCCAAGUAUCUCAAUCUUGACUGUUAUCUCAUUCUACGUACCUCUAAGGUUCUCGUGGACCAAGAUCCUGGACUGACAGGCAAUCUCCUUGUUGAACGUCUAGUUGGAGCUCAUGUUGAACUAAUUUCAAAAGAAGAGUAUGCAAAAUGUGGCAGUGGGGCUCUUACUAAUCUCUUAAAAGAAAGACUGCUAAAAGAAGGAAGAAGGCCAUAUGUUAUUCCUGUUGGUGGAUCAAACUCCCUAGGAGCCUGGGGGUAUAUUGAAGCAAUUCAAGAGAUUGAGGAGCAGCUUCAGAGUGGGACCGACAAAGUAAAGUUUGAUGAUAUUGUUGUUGCUUGUGGCAGUGGGGGUACAAUUGCUGGUUUGGCAUUGGGCUCUUGGCUGAGUUCGUUGAAGGCAAAAAUCCGUGCCUUUUCUGUCUGUGAUGACCCUGAUUACUUCUACGACUAUGUUCAAGGCCUACUUGAUGGACUUGAGGCAGGCGUUGAUUCACGUGAUAUUGUUAACAUUCAAAAUGCCAAAGGUCUGGGCUAUGCAAUAAACACGUCUGAGGAGCUUAAGUUUGUCAUGGAGAUAGCUGCGACCACUGGGAUUGUUCUGGAUCCAGUUUACAGUGGCAAAGCUGCUUAUGGAAUGUUGAAAGACAUGGCUGAGAAUCCAAAGAAGUGGGAAGGAAGAAAGAUCCUCUUCAUACACACAGGUGGGUUACUUGGGUUGUUUGACAAGGUAGAGCAGAUGGCUCCAUUGUUGGGAAAUUGGAGUCGGAUGGAUGUCCCAGAAUCUGUUCCCCGGAGCGAUGGUAUCGGGAAAAUGUUCUAGUGUCGAAAUAAAGCAAAGAAAAGAGUCCAGUGCUCUAUUAAAAGAGAUGAGAUCAAAAUCCUCAAUCAGUGUAUACUGUACUGAUGAUGCAUAAGAAACGGUCUCAUAUCAAAUAAGAUAAUUACAGGAGGUCUGUAUUUCGUUGUGCUUUAAUGGUGUAUGGUUUGUGAAAAUGGAUGUAUAAUUGUUGUUUAUGUUCUAAGUGUAAGAAAAA